AUGAGGUGCACAAGACUUGAAUCUCUUCUAGAGAUGAAUUUAAUUUCUCUGAAAAUUCUUACUCUCAACGAUUAUUCAAAUUUUAAAGAUUUUCUGUUGAUUUUUGAAAAUAUAGAAAGUCUAUACUUAGAUGGUACAGCAAUAAGUCACCUUCCUAUAAACAUGGAGAAGCUCCAAAGACUUGUUGUAUCGAAUAUGAAAAACUGCGAGAAGUUGGAGAAAAUCCCAGACCGGGUUGGUGAGCUGAAAGCCCUUCAAGAACUGAUAAAUCUCAAGUGUAUUCCAGAAAUCAACAUGAGUUUUGGAUGGGACGGCCAUAGAAGUGAUGCCACGGCUACCCUGGGUCUUGUUUCAGAGCCUUUGUUCAGCACUUAUUUUCCUGGAUGUGAAGUGCCUUCGUGGUUUUGUCAUAAUUCAGCUGGAUCCGAGCUGGACGUGAAACUCCUUCCCCAUUGGCAUGACAAGAGGCUUGCUGGAAUAGCUCUAUGCGCUGUAGUCUCAUUUCUUGACUGCCCAGAUCAAAUCAGCCGUUUCUCAGUGACAUGCACCUUUAAAGUAAUAGUUGAAGACAAGCCUUGGGUCUUAUUUACUUGCCCAGUAGGAAGUUGGGUCAGACAGAGAGACGGAAAAGACAAGAUUGAGUCAGACCAUAUCUUUAUUGGCUACACCAGUUGCCCAUAUAGCAUAAAGUGUCCUGAAGACGAGAGCUCUGGUAAAUGCAAUUCUACUAAAGCCUCCCUUGAGUUUGCUGUGAAAGGCGGUACAAAUGAGAACGGAAAUUUUAAGGUGCUGAAGUGCGGUUUGGGUUUGGUGUAUGCAAAGGAUAAAAGUAAAAACAGUUUUCAUGAAGCAAAGUAUGAUAUGAGUUUUCAAGAAACUUCAAAAGGGGUUGAUGGAAGAGCAAAGAAGAAGGAGAAAACGAGAAGUGAUGAUGGACGGCCAAAGAAGAAGCAAAAAUCAAGAAGGGAUGAUAACAUCCAGUGUCAACAAAACGGUGAUGCAAGUGUAUGUAACUCCAAGAAGUAA